AUGUCGGUCACGCUACACACCACCCAUGGAGACCUCAAGGUCGAGAUCUUUUGCGAAACCGUUCCCCAGACAGCAGAGAACUUCCUAGCACUCUGCGCAUGCGGUGCAUACGACAACACUCCCUUCCAUCGCUUCAUGCCCGGCUUCAUGAUUCAGGGCGGCGACAUCUCCCUCAGUCCCGCCGCAACUUCCUCCGAGCGACACAUUCUCCCCUUCGACGACAUCCCCAAAGGCGGUACAUCCAUAAACCAUCCUUCCGCACUCAACCAAGAGAUCCACGUCCCUGCCCUGAGGCACAAUGCGCGCGGCGUGCUGUCCAUGGCCUCGAGACCGGUGAAAGAUCGUACCGCGCCGGGUAUGCAAAACGCCUCUGGAACGACGGUGAACGGGAGUCAAUUCUUUAUAACUUUCGCGCCGGCGACGCAUCUCGAUGGCGAGAGUACCGUUUUUGGCAGAGUGCUCAAUCUGACGGCUCAGGAUGAAGGUGGUGAUGUGCUGGGACGAUUGGAGCGGGCGAAUAUCAAAGUGGAUAAGAAAGGUCGUGUGGUGCAGCCGAAGGAAGGGCAGGAGAUUGAAGGGGAAUGGGAGGCUUUGAAGAUCAAGUCGGUGACGAUACAUGCCAAUCCAUUUGCGAAGUGA